AUGCGAGCCCUCUGCCGCGCUCCAAGACCAUGGCUCAAUGCCUGUCAACCGCGCAGCCAAGCGCUCUUCCGCACACAACGGCUGGCACGCACCUCCCACCACCGUCAUCUCCUCACCCUCGCCAUUGAAACCUCCUGCGACGACACCUGCGUAGCCCUUCUGUCCAAGGACCCCGACGGAGCUGCGAUCCUCCACUACAACCAGAAGCGCACCUCUGACAACCGCGCCUUUGGCGGUGUCGUUCCUGUCAUAGCGCUCGCCGGCCAUGGCGCCACCCUCGCGGAACUCGUCAACGAGAGCUUGCCGUUCCUCCCCGACGCAAAGAGCACGUCGCCGAAUACAAUCACGGUCCGCGGGCGGCAGAAGCAAAAGCCCGACUUUGUCUCCGUGACACGAGGACCAGGCAUGCUCGCCAACCUGUCAGCGGGCCUCCACACAGCAAAGGGAAUCGCCGCCGCCUGGCAGGUCCCCCUCGUGGCCGUCAACCACAUGCAAGCCCAUGCCCUGACGCCCCGUCUCGUCACUGCCCUCGCGCGGGGCGAAACCGUGGCAGGAAACGGCGCAGCUCGACCUGCCGAGCCAAAGAGCACCGGGCCCGAGCCCGCCUUUCCCUUUCUCUCCCUCCUUGUGUCAGGCGGGCACACGAUCCUCGUCCACUCCCGCGCGCUCAACGACCACCGUAUCCUCGCCGAGGCCGACUCGGUCGCCAUCGGCGACGCAAUCGACAAGGCCGCCCGCCAAGUCCUCCCCGCGUCCCUGAUAGCCUCAACAGACGACGUCAUGUACGGCCGCCUCUUUGAACGCUUCGUCUUCCCGCCCGCCGCCGACGGCCGCGCCGUGAACUACGCCUACACCCCGCCCCGCAUCCGCGCCGACGAGAUCGCGACAUACCGCUCCCCGCACGGCUGGCACCUGAAGCCCCCGUUCGCGACGACGCGGCGUAUGCGCUACGACUUUUCCGGCUUUGGGUCCCAGGUGCAACGGAUCGCCGAGGCGCGGCCCGCCAUGAGCGAGGCUGAGCGGCGGGACCUGGGCCGCGACACGAUGCGGAUUCUGUUUGAGCACCUGGCCAGCCGCGUCGUGUUGGCGCUUGGCAACGAGGAGAUGGGGCUCGAAGACGUGCGGACGCUGGUUGUCGCUGGCGGUGUGGCAAGCAAUCGCUAUCUGAUGCAUGUGCUCCGGGCGUUCCUUGACGUGCGGGGCUACGGCGGCAUCGAGAUCACGGCGCCGCCUGUUGAGCUGUGUACGGACAAUGCAGCUAUGAUUGCUUGGACCGGUAUGGAGAUGUUUGAGGCUGGUUAUGAGAGCGAGCUGUCGGUGCACUCGAUCAAAAAGUGGCCUCUUGAUCCGACGGGCGAUGAUGGGGGCAUCUUGGGUGCGAAAGGGUGGGUAAAGCGGAGUUCAUGA